GCAAAACCGGCCACGUUAUGCAGAGGGAAAACUGCAGAGUCUGACAGCAUGGUCGUUCUAAGAUGGAUUCGACAAAACUGGUUCCUUGUCGGCAUUGUUGUUGUCAUCAUUUUGGCCAAGCUGGAACCAACUAUCGGGGCAAAGGGUGGUCCCUUGAUUCCGGAAAUUACAGUCAAAUAUUUUUGUGUAUCCUUAAUAUUUUUCAACAGCGGAGUGUCAUUAAGGACUGAGGAAAUAACCAAAGCCUUGCUACAGUUGAAGCUACACAUAUUUGUUCAAGGCUUUACAUUUAUUUUCUACCCGCUGUUUAUCCAGACAACUCUGUCUCUGCUAAGGGAAAGCCCCUUUGAUCCACUACUGCUGGAUGGACUAACUGUUUUAGGAUGUAUGCCUCCACCAGUUUCUUCUGCUGUUUUAUUAACCAAGGCAAUUGGAGGCAAUGAGGCAGCUGCUGUUUUCAAUUCAGCUUUUGGAAGUUUUCUGGGAAUCAUGGUGACACCAGUUUUACUCCUUUUCUCAGUGGGCUCCUCAGCUAGUGUGCCAUUUUGGUCUGUGUUCGGCCAGCUGUCUGUGACAGUUGUCCUUCCUGUCUUUCUCGGCCAAGUAGUACGGUCCUAUGUGAAGUCUUCGAUGGAAAGGAGGAAGAUACCAUUUGGUGAAAUAGGGAGUGCAAUACUUCUGAUGAUCAUUUACACAACAUUUUGUGACACGUUUUCACAUUCAGAAGUGGAAAUUGACAGUUUAAGUCUCAUGUCCAUUAUUCUCAUGAUUGUUUUGUUACAGGUCUGUUUGUUACUGCUGGUGUUUUUUGUCAGCACACGAUCAUUCUUUCAUUUUAAACCCAGUGAUACAAUUGCUCUUCUCUUUUGCUGUACUCAUAAAUCGUUGACAUUAGGCAUACCCAUAAUAAAGAUUGUAUUUAGUGGUUUUGGUGGGAUAUCAGUCAUCUCUAUCCCGCUGUUGAUCUAUCACCCCACCCAGAUACUGUUAGGUGGUUUCCUGGUCCCAACCCUAAGGGGAUGGCUGAUGGCGACUCAGAAAAUCAGAGGCUGUCAGCAGGCAUGGCAGGUGUAGUGGAUUUCACCCCAGACAGCACAGGGUAUCCAUCUUUUGCCAGACAUGUUUGAUGUCAGAUCUCACCAAUAGACCAAUACUGUUCCCAGGUAGACAACAGCUGUAGGACCAAGCUGCCAAACUCAACUGGAGUUUUGUAUGCUGAGAAAAGGGGGUGGAGCCUGUGCAUUGUGUGUUGUGUUGCCAAGGGACUGCACUGUCCAGAUCAUGUUGGCUAAUAAUGAGAGGGUGUACACUGUCAUGUUGCCUAAUAAUGGCAGGGUCUGCACAGUAAUGUUGCCUAAUAAUGGCAGGCUCUACACGGUCAUGUUGCCUAAUCAUGGCAGUGUCUGCACAGUCAUGUUGCCUAAUAAUGGCAGGGUCUGCACGGUCAUGUUGCCUAACAAUGGCAGGGUCUGUACUGUCAUGUUACCUAAUAAUGGCAGGGUCUACACUGUCAUGUUGCCCAAGAACGUGUGUUGUCUAUGCAAUUUAUGUCUUGUUGCCCUCGUAAUGAGGAUGGGGCCAAGACUCCUUCCGUUAUGUUACCUUAGGAUACUGUUAAUGUACCGAAUUGCCCUAGGAGGGUGAGGUCUAGCUGUUCGUCAUGCAAGUUUUAUGUGAGCAUGUCAGAACAUGAGUGGGUCUAUACAUUUUAUCUUGUUGCCCCUAAAACGAGGGUUGGGAAUAGAUCAUGGUUGGGUUCUACACUGUUUAUUUCAUGUUGCCCAAAAGCAAGGGUCGGGUCUAGAUUUUUAUUUUGUGAUACCCCUGAAGAUGGUUGGAAAAUAGGGAGUAAAACGAUGGUGGGCUAUGUGCAUGUUUGCCAUGUCUCAUUAUAAUCAAACAGCAGGAAUGAGUAUGUUAGUGGUUAGUUAGCAAACUUUCAAGAUAUCCGGGAUCUUGGCUGCAUUUUUUUGUCCUCAGUAAAGUGUGGUACUCUAAUGCUGGAUAGAUUUACUUCUGUAGGUACAUAUGUACUUAUUAUCUUUAUGUAACAAUCAGUUAUAUACAACUUAAAUUUUUCAAAACUUUUACAUAUCAUAGUUAUCCCAUUUUGAUGCUGUCAUAUGUAUAGAUUUCCUCUGCUACAUAUACUUAAGAGACAGUCAAUUCUGUGCACCCACCUAUCCCAGUUUUAUUCAAAAGUCUAUAAAAGAGGUAGAUUUUGUGAUAUAUUAUCAUUUGCUAGUCUUCAUUUAUUUGAUUGGUGUUUUCUGCGAUACUGGUACUCAAUAAUAUUCACUCAUGCAAAGGCGGUCAGCAUUAUGGUGGGAAGAAACUGAACAGGGCCUGGAGGAAACUGAACAGGGCCUAGAGGAAACCCACGACCUGUUAGUCUUUAACAUAAAAUAUUCAUAGGUAUUAAGAGGUGUUAAAAGGUGGACUUUUGAGUAACUUGCCUCUCUACUUAAAGUGGAUCAAAUGAUAAUGUUUUUUCGACUUUGAGCAAUUUUGAGU